GCGCCGAACGGCGUAUCAGACCCUGUCUCGCGCUAGGCGGCUCCCAGCCGGCAAUCCUAACCCUCCCCUCCACCACCCCCACCCACCGACACCGUCGUCUUCUUCUUCUCCCAUUAGUCGCUACUCGCCAUGGCCGCAUCCCGUUAUUACCUUAAUCUGGAUUUUGACGUUUCCGAUAUGAAGCCUCUGCCCGACUACUGCUUUUCCGAGGCCUGGGAGGUGUGGGAAGCCCAUGCUGAUCAAUCGGAUUAUGAAAGGGAACAGGCUGUUUUGAGGUUCUAUGAAGAAAAGGAGAAGGAGAUAAAAGCUGCUUAUUCUGAAGCCCUAAGUGACGAGGAUGAUGAGGAGAAAGAUGGAGAAAUAUGUCAGCUUCUGGGUUACGAAGAGGAACAUGGACAAGUCUCUGCAGGGAUGGAAGAUAUACCAGAAAACCAUGUCAAAAAAGGCUGCACUUACGCGAGCCCAGAGUACCUGGCGGAGCUAACUCAGAAAAUUCUAUUGGAAAUAAAUGUAAAUGAAGACCUUGGCAAUUUGUCUCUUCUGGAGUCAUGGAAGGUGAUGAGGACAAGAAAACUGUUAAAACAGGUGCUAUGUCAUGAAAUGAAGCAUGCUCGUAAUGAAGGAGGACAAGUAUUUGAAGGUGAGCUGGAACACAAGAAGGCAAGAAUGGCAGAAAGCUCACAGAACAAAGGAGAAGAUGAAGAGACCCUUCUGCCAGUCGGUCUGACACCGGAUGACAUCUGAGGUGGCUAAUCAAUGUGAUUCAAUAGAAACUCAAUCUGCUGCAGUGGUCCUUUGGUGUCCCAACAUUGUUAAAAACUGUGAACAACGUUCAUCGUUGUUCCUUGAUGUCGACUUCUGUCUAGUGUCUUGAAUUGGCAAGCCUGAAUAAUCACUGUUGGUAUUUUUAAUAUGGGGCUGUAUAGAUAUCAGUCAACUAAAGUUUUAUUACCAAGUUUUGCUCACUUUUUAUUUACGGCAGGCCUGUUAAGGGAUAAUAUGGUCCGUUGGUGUACAUGCCUUAGAGAUUA